UAUUUAAAAUAUUUCAAGUGGAGCCAGGAUAAAACUCGCAAAAUUUCCACUUCUGAGAAGGAAUUGCUAGAAAUCUGCUACAAUUACUACGAACAUAAAUGGGAAAUGCUGCCAAUCCUUAACUAUGUGUUGACUCCAUUGGAUGUCACCAUUAUAGGAAGUGGGCCACAGAACAAAGAUCAUCACGUGGAUGUUGUCAUGACAGACUUCAUGUUGUCUGUCACACCUUCAACAGUCCGCCUACUGACUGCUAUAGCUGCCAGCAUGAAUGUUACUCCUGAAGCAGAAGCAGCCGAAAAGAAACAAAAAGAUUACUCUCGCAUCUGGGACAAGAAAGACUUGAAUGACUGCAACUACUGGUUCACUCAGUCAG